AGUAUGACCAUAUGCAGCGUAAACAGCUGUUUACAAAAACAAAACCAAGCAAAGAAGCGAAAAUUAUUAGCGAAUUUUAAAAAGCAAAUAAAGUAGAUCACACGAGCAGAGUCGGAAAAACAUCAUUGACUUGGGGAUGUUCUGCUGCCUACGCACCUGUCUCAAUGGAGGACACAUGAGGAAGCCCACGGCAACCAGUCGCCUCCGGGAGCCCGAUGUUCACCUGGAUGCAGCGCAUAUGGGACCCGACGUUAUCCUGCUGUCGCACCAGCUGCGCGUAACGGGCACUGGAGGCGUCCUGGCCACGGCGCCUUUGGUCCAGUCGAAGUCCUACUUCGAGGUGAAGAUCCAACACGGAGGCAGCUGGUCGGUGGGCUUGGCGACGCGGCAAACGGAUCUCAGCCGCAAGAGCGGCGGCGGGGAUCGGGAGUCCUGGUGCCUGUGCUCCGAUAAUGCCACACGCCACAAUGAUCGAGAGGAGUUCGGACCUGUGGUGCAGGCUGCUUGCACCACUCAGCCGGCUAGAACGACCAAUGGAAUCCUGAACAACAGCGCUGCCAAGGCGGCUGGACUCAUCGCCAUCGAGGACUUGCAGCAGGAAGAUCUGCUGAUGACCACUGGGGUGGCACCAUCCGAUGUUGAUGUGGGUGAUUCGUUGAUAGCAACGCCACAGCGAGACUUUCCCGACGAGGGAGACAUUGUGGGCGUCGCCUUUGACCAUGUGGAGCUGAAUUUCUACUUUAAUGGAAAGAACCUGGAGGUUCCCUUCCGAAAUGUACGAGGAGCAGCACUUUUUCCCGUCAUUUAUGUGGGCAAUGGCGCUAUUCUGGACAUCAUCCUGGACAAUUUUUCGCACGGACCACCACCUGGAUUCGAGCGUAUUCUAUUGGAACAGUCCCUUCUUUAGAUAGUCCACACAAAGCCUUGAACAAAUUAGCAACUUGAGAACAAAAAAUUAACAAGAAUAGCAAGAGGACGGUGCAUUUUAGGACUAGGGACGCAUUUUAUUCCAACAAUUAAGAGCUUUUAUGUGCUACUGCUUUAGAGCAAGCCAAUCGUCUUGAUUACUAAUUUAUUUGUUUGAUUUUCUAAUUUAUAUAUAUUUGAUUACAUUAUACAUUAAGUUUUAAAAGAUGAACCUUCAGUGUAGGGCUUAUCGAAUAACAUGCUAGUAAAGUAUUAGCAAUUCCUUUGCCACAUUUUCCCUCUAGUCAAAAAGAAAACGUUUGAAAAAGUUUUACCCUGAAACUUUACUUUUUAAGCCAGUUUGUUAAUUGCCUUUCGUACUUACUUAUAGUUGUAAAAUGCACUGUGCUGUUCUCAUUUAGACAUCAGGUGUAUAAAUUUGUAAACUCUAGUCCUUGCACUACCCAAACCGAAAGUGUUGGUUUUAUUUUAUUAAUAUUUUGUAAAUUAUUUACGUAGCUUGACCUCGCGACUGCAAUUGUAUUAUACACAGAGAUAUGUACGUAUCUGCAUACAGAUACAGAUGGAUUUUUUGUAGGACUAGGUGAUUACAAUUCAAUUCUGACAUCAUACACAUUCCAAUUUACAACGGCAACGUACUCGAGCACGGAAUCACCUAACUAAGUAUAAGAAUAUAUCUGUAUAUCAAAUAAAUUGUAUCUACACGUA